UCGUCGCUCGUCGUCUGCCAAGACCCAAGAAGAGUUCUAGUGUUCUAGUCUAGAUUUUUAUGUGCAUUUUUGAAUAGCUUUAAAUUUCAAUUGAAUCACUAACAUUAUAUAUAGGCCUAUGUAAAAUUUAACCGAAUUAAUUGAAGUCAAGUGUUUAUUGAAGUAAAGGGUUUUGAAGGAAAUACAAUGUUGUGAAAUAUAUUUUAAAAGGCCAACCUUUACAAUGCCUCUAGUCAAAGUUGUUUUGCUGGUUGUGGGCUCGUUUAACCCACCAACUGUAAUGCACCUAAGAAUGCUAGAAAUUGCCAGAGACUAUUUGGAAAAAACUGGACAGUUCAAAGUUAUUGGUGGUCUCAUGUCCCCUGUUCACGACAAAUACGGUAAAAAAGACUUGGCAUAUUCCUCUGACAGAUGUGAAAUGGUCCGAUUGGCUCUCAACACCUCAAACUGGAUAAAACUAAGUGAAUGGGAGAGUAGGCAAGACCAUUGGACAAGGACAAGAUUAGUGCUACAACAUCAUCAGAACCAGUUGAACGCAGCACUGUCGUGUAACGAAACGCCCAACAAGAGACAGCGAUGUGAGGAGCAACAGUGGCUCAGUCAUGUGUUGGAACAUUGCAACAGAGAUGACAAGGUGGUGGUCAAACUUCUGUGUGGAGCUGAUGUCAUUCAGUCCUUCAGUGUGCCCAACCUCUGGCUGGACCAGGAUAUUGAAACGAUAGUAGGAGAACAUGGUUUGGUUGUCAUAACAAGGGAAAAUAUUAAUGCCUCCAAGAUUGUUUAUGAAUCAGAUCUUCUCUCUAAAUAUCAGAAAAACAUACACAUAGUGCCUGAAUGGAUCUCAAAUGAGAUCAGUUCUACCAAGAUUCGGAGAGCGUUGCGUCGUGGUGACAGUAUCAAGUAUCUGGUCAGUGAUCCAGUCAUAGAGUACAUCCACAAGAAUGGGCUCUACCUCGGCUGUGAUAAUAAGUAUGAGCUGUAUCCUGACAACCCUGCGAGUAUAUUCCUGACCCCUUCGCCCAGUGAUGUGGUGAUGACUCCGACCAACAUGAUCGAUGUCCCGGACAACUCUGGUAAUUACGUCUCUGACCACAACCAAGAGAACGCGAGACGGUCUCUUCCGAGGCCCGGUGGUCCCGUCAAGGUCACGGAGGAGGUGGGGAGGGGGAAGGUGAGGUUCCAAGACCCUGUUGACGACUUGGAUGAUUUACCCAAAGUGGAAAUCCAAAUAACGGAGGAUGGAACCAUUCAAGUCAUUAGCGAUAAGGAGACAACUGUUUAAUAAUUUCUGUGAUGUCGGAAAAGAAAUGCUCCCAUUAUGAAUUCAUAUUAUUUCUUGUAGAAUCUCUGCUUGGCAAUAGAUUUAUUAUUGUUUGAGUUCCUGGUUCAUACUAUUUAUGUGUUUGAAUCAACUUCAAACACUCUUUACAUUUCAAGGUUGUGAGUUCAAUGGUGUUCAGAGUCGAUCCUUCACAAACAGACUUAACACAAUUACUU